GCCCCGGUCCCCGCCGCAGCCGCUGCAUCCUCCGUGCCCGGCCUGAGCCGGAGUCCCCCGCACCCCCCGCGUUCCGCCCGGCCAUGGCUGCGGUGGCACUGAUGCCACUGCCGCUGCUGCUGCUGCUGCUGUUGGCAUCGCCGCCCGCCGCCUCCGCGCCGUCCGCCCGCGAUCCCUUCGCCCCCCAGCUCGGGGACACGCAGAACUGCCAGCUGCGGUGCCGCGACCGCCUCGGCCCGCGGCCCUCCCAGGCGGGGCUGGAGGGCGCCUCUGAGUCUCCCUAUGACAGAGCUGUUCUGAUCAGCGCUUGCGAACGUGGCUGCCGCCUCUUCUCCAUCUGCCGAUUCGUGGCCAGGAGCUCCAAGCCUAAUGCCACCCAAACUGAGUGUGAAGCAGCCUGCGUGGAAGCCUAUGUGAAGGAGGCAGAGCAGCAGGCCUGUAGCCAUGGCUGCUGGAGCCAGCCUGCGGAGCCUGAGCCGGAGCAGAAGAGAACGGUCCUGGAGGCUCCAAGUGGGGCCCUCUCCCUCUUGGACUUGUUUUCCACCCUCUGCAAUGACCUCGUCAACUCAGCCCAGGGAUUUGUCUCCUCCACCUGGACAUACUACUUGCAGACUGACAAUGGGAAGGUGGUGGUGUUUCAGACCCAGCCGGUAGUGGAGAGCCUCGGCUUCCAGGGGGGCCGUCUGCAGCGCGUGGAGGUGACCUGGCGAGGCUCCCACCCUGAAGCCCUGGAGGUGCACGUGGACCCUGUAGGCCCCCUGGACAAGGUGAGGAAGGCCAAGAUACGAGUCAAGACCAGCAGCAAGGCCAAGGUGGAGUCUGAAGAGCCGCAGGACAAUGACUUCCUCAGUUGCAUGUCCCGGCGCUCGGGUCUGCCUCGCUGGAUCCUGGCCUGCUGCCUCUUCCUCUCCGUGCUGGUUAUGCUGUGGCUGAGCUGCUCCACCCUGGUGACCGCGCCUGGUCAGCACCUCAAGUUCCAGCCUCUGACCCUGGAGCAGCACAAGGGCUUCAUGAUUGAGCCUGAUUGGCCCCUGUACCCUCCGCCGUCGCACGCCUAUGAGGACAGCCCGCCACCCUACAAGCUGAAGCUGGACCUGACCAAGCUGUAGGCCUCUGCUGGCCCCAUCAUUGCCAACUGCAGGGGCCCCUCGGGCCUCACUUGCCCUGAGCCCAGGAGUCCAAGGGUAGGGUGGGUCCAGCCUUGAGUCCCUCCACCCCCAAAUCUUACCUCUCUUCCCAGUCCCACCCCUUGCCCCACAGAGUCCUGGGGAUGCAGUGUCCCAGAUGGGAGGAGGGCGGGAUUGGGCGCUGGUUCUUCCCUGUCCCCGCUUUCUCCGGGGCUUGCUACUCUUUGUCUUCUAUUGUGUGGCUUUCUCAGUAUUUGAACCCCAGUCCUGUGUCGCCAUACUUUUUCCUUCUCUGUCCCCUCUCUUGGGGGGGCUGAGGCCAAGGGGGAGCUGCAUCUUGCUAAAGCUUCCCCCUUCUCUCCAUCCCGAUCUCCAGAGACCUAGCUUCCGAGAGAUGGGGUGUGGGCAUCUCCAUGCCCUGAGAGUGUGUGCCUGGGGCUUGUCUGGGACUGGGGAGGAAUAAACCAUGUAUAUAAAGGA